AUGUCCCGAUCCGCCGCAGACGCAACCCGGUUCACGGCCACAGGGCCGUACGCGAGCGCGAAACCCAGCGCCUCCUCUCCGUACAAACUCCCCGAGUUCCUCGCGAAGUCGGGUUCGAAUCCGCAGAACAAUGGCAGCGGGAAUGGACCCAGCGCCGGCCGGCAGGAGACGCCCAAGGAGAAGGUUGAGCGGCUGCGUGCACAGGCUCGGGCCGCCCGGUUAAAGCAGUCAACUUCGCGGGCGGACCAGGUGAUUGAUUUCGGGCGGCGGUUUGCGAACAAGGCUCACAAGGGGAUGGUUUACACGCUUAUCACCGCGUCUGGAAUUUGCGGCGCGCUUACUGUCUACUCGAUGAUCUCCCUAACGCUCUAUAACCGCCGCCAGCGUGCGCUAUGGAUUGAAAAGGAGAUGCAGACACUCAAGGAUGCCCAGACGGCAUAUGUCAACGGAACCGCGACAACGGAACAAUUGGAACUGUUGAAGAAGGAGAAGAUUGGCGAAAUUUUCAAGCAGAAGAGGGAAGAGGAAAAGGCCAAGCGGCCAUGGAACCAAUUCAAGGCCUACCUAUUCGGUGGUCUGAAGACUGACGUGACACCAUUAUCCAACGCGACUACCGUUAACUCCGAAAGCAGCAAGCCUGCAGUUCUCGAGGCCCUCAACACAGCUGAAAACAAGCUGAGCCCAGCGGUUGCUUCUUCGCCGCCGGGGCAAUUGGAUGUGCUUGCUGAGAACGCGGAGACGGCUGCCAAGCAGACGACGCGAAGCUGGAAGAGCUGGCUCACCGGACGAUGA